GUUGCGGAAACCGGGGGAAGCUGCGUGCAUUGGGCCGAAGCAGGAAGGCAGAAAGCGGGGAGCGGGAGCCUCCGAGUCCGUCGUGAGGACGAGAAAGAGAGGGCGGAACACGAGGGGCUCCUGCAGCGGGUGGGCGCUGCGUGGUCCGAGCGUUGCAUCGGCUCUCGGGGCUGGAGCGGGGCUUGCAAGGAGGUUCCGCCGCCGGAGCAACAGCUGGCCGCGAGAUGAAGCAAGAAAACAUCUUCCUCUUCGUCCCCAACCUCAUCGUGGUUUCCUUGAUGCCUUCGAUGGCUAUGCGGCUCGGGCCCUGGACCAAGGCACCCGCUUUGGCGCCAUGCUGGACAUGCUGACGGACCGCUGCGCCACCAUGUGCCUGCUGGUGAACCUCGCUAUGCUCUACCCUGAAUCUGCCCUUUGGUUCCAACUCAGCAUGAGCCUUGACGUCGCCUCCCACUGGCUCCAUCUCCACAGCACCGUGGUAAAAGGUGGGGAGAGCCACAAGACCAUCGACUUGUCAGGGAAUCCAAUCCUGCGGGUGUAUUACAGCUCCCGGACUGUCCUCUUCAUCAUGUGCGCUGGGAAUGAGCUCUUCUACUGCAUGCUCUAUUUGCUGUGUUUUGGGGAAGGACCAGAAAUCCUGCCCGGACAGGCUGGUCUCUACCGCCUAGUCCUGUGGGUUUCUGCCCCCAUUGCCAUCACCAAGAGCCUCAUCAGCCUGGUCCACCUGAUCUGCGCCUCAUGUAAUAUGGCUGCUCUGGACGUCGCAGAACGCGCAAAGAGGAAGUAGCAUCAAACGACCCCAGCGGAGGGGCAGGAGCAUCACUCCCUUUCACGCUUGCAGUGGGACCAGCUUACCAUCCCUCGCCGUGACAGGGUUAGCCACUCCACUUGCACAGCUCUUGCUUGAUGCGAUGACCCCAGCUUCCCACGAAUGUAUAGGAUGAUGGGAAUACGUCCUGCUCCUCCCGGCUCCCUCCUGCAUUCCCAUGAUGCUUUGCACUUAGGAGAAGAUUGGCUGGUAGGGAGGAAUAUUGACUUUGCCUGUGGGCUGAAAAGGAGGGAUUGGAUCGACCAUUUUGAGGGCAGCUAAAUAGACCUUCGUUUCCAGCUUUUUGGUUCUGUGCUUCAAAACAUGCUGUAUAUUUGGGUGGGGCAGGACAAAAUUCAGCCACAAAAGAAGUACCUUUUCGUUUCCCAAAAGUGCGUGGAAGUAUUGCUCUUGAGUUAGGAGGCCAUAUUAUUCCCAAAAUUCCCAAAUAUAUCUAGGCCUGGGCAGUGAAUGAAUUGGCCAGUUGGUGGCCAUUUGAUUUGGA